CAUCACCAGAACAUUUGCCUCUGGGAAGACAGAGAAGAUGAUCAUGCAGUGUUUGAUGGACCUGGGUCUCCCGGGAGGAAAGAAUGAUGAGAUUGACCCCAAACUAUUUACUUUUGACAAAUUUUAUGAACUUUAUCACAAGAUUUGCCCUAGAACAGACAUAGAGGACUUAUUUCGUGAAAUAGCUAGUAGUGCCACAAAAACAUAUCUUACAGUACCUCAACUUGUGGACUUUUUCAAUGAGAGACAGAGAGACCCUCGACUGAAUGAAAUUUUAUUCCCCCACUAUAACAAGAAAAGAAUUCUACAGAUCAUCCAGAACUAUGAAAAAGACCCAGAAUACAUUGAGAAUGAAUGGCUAAGUUCGGAUGGAUUUUGUCGAUAUUUGAUGUCAGAUGAAAACGCUCCUGUGUAUUUAGAAAGGUUGGACAUAUACAUGGACAUGGAUCAACCUCUGUGUCAUUACUUCAUUAAUUCUUCACACAACACAUACCUAACAGGCAGACAGUUUGGGGGGCGGUCCUCAGUAGAGAUGUAUAGACAGGUGCUUCUGGCUGGAUGUAGGUACGUAAAUCUUACAGAUCUACUGAAAAGUGUCAAUAACUAG